AUGCACCGCUUCUACGGUAAGUCCUCUAACGAAACCGUUAAACUACCCCGGACCCCAUCCCCCAAACCCGGCCAACCGUCCAUGGAAACCAGCCCCCUGGAACCGCCCCGUCUGCGCCGUUCCAACGCCAUCAAACGCAUAGGAGAGGCUCUUGUCAAUUGUCGUCGCGAGGGCGCUCGUGCAGAAUCACCUACUCCAACGGGCAGAAUCCGGCCGUUCUCUUCUACGCGGACGGAUGGCCAGGAUCGUAUCAACGCUGGCGCUGAUCAUGUCCACAACGCUAAUAGGGUUAUAGGAGAUAUCGAUAUCCCGCCCAUGAAGGACGAGUGGACGUGGGAGGACAUGCGCCGUCUACCGGGCAUUCUGAUCUCCUUUGUUAAAUCCGGAAUGCCUGCCGAUGAACUCGGUUUCUAUCUCGACAAGAUGCUCUACGGCCGCGACAGGUCUGUCGGCGGGGUCGUAACGACCCUGGUUAACGGGAACGUCAGGUACCACGAGAUCGCCAUCCGCACGCUCAAACUCCUAGAUCUAUACGAUGACGACGGCCACCUCCUGUCAGAGCAGGUCGCCCCCGCUGAGUCGGGAUCGCGCCGCCGUCCUAACCGCCCCUUGCACUACAAGGUAACCCACAGACAAAUACAGAUGCAGACUCCCCCCAUCUCACUCUAUGAUUGCAAUGAGGAACUACUCUCCUACAACGACCCCGACACCACCGGUCCCGAAAUCAUCUGUCCCCGACCCCGCCACGUAGCCCUCGAGCGAGAAUGUAUCCAGUGCUCCUUAGCCGAGGACGCUGAUGCACACGCUACCUCCAGCGAAGAUGAAGACGAAGACGGUGAGCAGGACCCCUUUGCCGAUUUCGACUUCGCCUUCGACAACACGGACAACAUCAACGCUAACGCUUAUGCUGGCAAUGCUUAUGACCCCAACACCAGCAGCAGCAGCACCAGUCCCUUUGAUGAUGAUGUCGCUAUGCAGGACGCGCAGGCUAUCCGGUAUAUCAAUCCCGGUCCGGCUAGAAUCUGUAGUCAGUGUUACGACGAUGGUAGCAGUAUGGCUGCGCAAGCUAACACUAACAGCAAGCAACAUAAUGCAAGUGGAGUCCCUGAAGAACUUAUUCCGGGAAUGGCGGCGAAGCCGGAGCUGAAGAGGGAGAGGUUUUUGAUCGACUAA